UAAGAACGAAUCGUCCCCAUGCCGAAACAGCCUACAACAUCCGUGUUCCGAAUUUGUGUCACGUAUUUCGAAUUUUGGGGUGCAGAUUUUGUUGUCCAGUACUCCGAUUACGCUGACUUGAAACAUUCCACUCUCCGGGAGCCUUAAAUGCCGAUUUUGUUAACAGGGAUUACACUGACUGAAAACAUUCCGACAUCGUGGAAGCCCAGUAACCUCCGUGUCCACUGAUAUAACACUGUUAUACUACAAUGAAGGGGUAUGCUGACAGCAAUUAUGAAUUAUAAAGAAGCAGACAUCGUCAGUCAUUAUGUGGUGAUGUGUAUGUGAAAGGGGACUUGAAAUCUGAGAUCGUCACGGUGGAAAGCGCAUGGCAUGAACUGUAGUUUCAAGAACCCAGAAUGAAUGACGUGUCGUGGCAGAACGGACCGCGAAUGAUGGCCAAUGGACCUCAUGAAAUGGCUGGUAGACAGACCUAUAACAGUGUCCCAGGAAGUCGAUCACAGGAUGAUGCAACAGUGGGCUAUUUUUUCCAGCGUUCCCAGACAGACAUGGAACUCAACAGUUACGCAAACAAGAGAUGGGCAAUCGGUGAUGACAGCCUCCUAGAGCAUUCUCGAAACAUGGCCACUGUGCAGGAUAUUGAGAGAGAUUUUCAUGGGAUGUCCUUAGGUAGAGAGAUGCCUAACACUGCCAAGAAAAUCUGGGAAAUCGGAGAUGGGACAAAGCAAGGAGGGGAUCAGGGGAAACCGAUGUUUGCAGGAAAUCCAUGGACGACAAGAGAGGAUACUUGGGGAAAUCCGACAGAACCAGGAGCACUAGGGGUGGAUAUGGUUGAAUACGUUUUGGGAGGAUCCACCACUGGCAAAGAUCUGGAUGCACGACUCCGCGGAAAGGGAGGACCCCCUCCGGCUCCAUUUAUGCAGAAUAUGAGGAAGUACAAGAUGCAUGGACCUCCUCAAGAAGCUGGGAUGGACCCACAAGGUGACAAGAAGAGUAAGACCCCAUCUCCUUUUGAGGGGCCGGAUGGGGAGAGAGGGGAUGAGCAGCAAGAGAAUUUACCGACAAAUGGUUUACUACAAACUGGCAUUGAUGAGGACUACGGUAACCGACGAAACAGUCACCAAAACUCUCCCAACACUGACAACCAGAUGGCUGGAAUGGACAUGACAAAACUGAAUGUAAAGUCAGAGGGAGGAGAAUACCUUGACCACAACCAACAACCCCAUUUUUCACAGCAAGGGUUCCAGCUUGAUCCUCCUCCCUUUGAGCCGGUGGGAAUUGAUCCUGUACAGUUUGACUACAGUAACCAGGUGGGAAUACCUUCCUCCAUGGACAGUCCAAAUUUCAACAUGGAUUACACCCAGUUGCUGCAGAGACAACAACCAAUUGCCGUACUGACCCAACAGCAGUUUCUUGCAUCGCAACAACAGCAACAGUUGGGGAUGACUGCGGCAGCCAUAACGCCAACCCCGUACUUGAUCAGCCAAGAUCCAUAUGCUGUGGGCAUACCUAUAGCGGGGCCUGUAAUUCAUCCUCAGUACUAUGGAGUUCAGGCCCCCUGGGGCAUCUAUCCAGCAAACUUGAUCCAACAACAAGGUCAAACAACCCCACAAUCUGCAUCACAGCAACAGCAGCAACAGUUAAUGAGAGGACAAAAUGGACGAAUGACACCAAAUCCAAAUGACUCUAAUAUGCCACCUCAGCAACAAAAUUUGAAUCAGCAAAUGCCAACACCCCCUAAUCAGCAGUACCAGAUUUUGGCCCCAGCAGCUUAUUAUGACCAAAAUGGACAGAUUAUAAUGAAUCCACGAGGUCUGGGAACUCCGGUACGCCUGGUCUCCCCGGCCCCGGUCCUAGUCGGUGCAGCCGCAACAGCAGCUAGUCAACAAGGUGGGGCUAACAACCCUCUUCGUCUCCUGACCACGCAGGCACAGCAGAUGCAGACAACACCACCAGUCAACUACUCCAGCAAUGACAACUCCAGUAAUAUCAACACGCUAGGACAAAGAAGGGAUUCUUUGGACUACAAAGGACGUCAGCAACUUCCUCCUCUGAACCAGUUCUACGGCUCUAUGGGAAACAUGUCUGGCUCUCCCGCUGGUCCUAUGGGCUUAGUACAACCAGGGCAGAGUAUGACCCCACCGUCAUCCCUCUCGGGGUCUUCCUCUAAUUUGUCAGUUGGAAUGUCAGGAGGGAACAGAAUGUACAGCGCUGCUCCGGGAGCUGAGGCCAAGUUUAGAAAUAAUCCGAUGGGAUCAAGUGGCUUCUUUUCUGGAACGUCUCUCUUUCCAAGCAGAAAUAUGGCAACCAGAACUACUCUGCCAAAGGAAGUUACAGGGAGAAGUCGGUUGCUGGAAGAUUUCAGGAACAAUCGGAUUCCUAACUUGCAGCUAAAGGAUUUGAAUAACCAUGUGGUGGAAUUCUCGCAAGACCAACAUGGUUCCAGAUUUAUUCAGCAGAAAUUGGAGAGAGCUUCCCCACAGGAGAAAAACAUGGUUUUCAAUGAAAUCCUGAUACAUGCUUACAGUCUGAUGACUGACGUGUUUGGAAACUAUGUCAUUCAGAAGUUUUUUGAGUUUGGCAGUAAUGAGCAGAAGCAGACCUUAGCACAACGCUUAAGAGGGCACGUCUUGCCACUUGCAUUGCAGAUGUACGGUUGUCGUGUCAUUCAGAAAGCCUUGGAAACCAUUACACCGGAUCUGCAAGUGGAAAUUGUGAAGGAACUGGAUGGCCAUGUGAUCAAGUGUGUGAAGGAUCAGAAUGGUAACCAUGUUGUACAAAAAUGCAUAGAAUGUGUUGAUCCCAUUCAUUUACAGUUCAUCAUCGAUGCUUUCAAAUGUCAGGUUCUCAUAUUGUCUACUCAUCCCUAUGGUUGUCGCGUCAUUCAGAGAAUUUUGGAACAUUGUACAAAGGAGCAGACGACUCCAAUUUUAGAGGAACUUCAUCAGGUGAUUGAGAGAUUGGUUCAGGAUCAGUACGGAAAUUAUGUUGUACAACACGUGCUGGAACAUGGAUCCUCAGACGACAAGAGUAAAAUUGUUAUAGAGCUACGAGGAAAAGUCCUUGUGCUUAGUCAGCACAAAUUUGCAAGUAACGUGGUGGAGAAAUGUGUUUCGUAUUCGUCAAGGUCGGAGAAAGCUAUGUUGAUAGAAGAAAUCUGCUCUUUGUGCGAUGGACCACAAAGUGCUCUCUACAUCAUGAUGAAGGACCAGUAUGCAAACUAUGUUGUACAGAAAAUGAUCGACGUGGCAGAGCCAAAACAACGCAGCAUUUUGAUGCACAAAAUUCGACCCCACAUUGCAACUCUGAGGAAGUAUACAUAUGGGAAACACAUUUUAGCAAAAUUGGAGAAAUUUUAUAUGAAAAACAGCUCGGAUCUUGGACCAAUAGGGAUGCCUCCUAAUGGUGCUCUACCUUGAUGUGGCCGAUAGGACUGCCUCCGAAAGGCACACUGCCUUAAAUGGGCCAACAGGGAUUUGCCUCCAAACGGAGAACUGCCUUGAAAUGACAGCUGCAUGAUUAAUUGCUUAAUGGCUUGUGAAGUUUAGUACUGUUAGAUUUCGGUGUUAUUUGUAAGUUGAAAUUAAUGAUGGAUAUAAUCUAAGCAUAUUUACAUUUUGUGUUAAAUGUAAUGUUAAAAAAACAGGAAGAAGAAUGAACUGGUAAUGGCUGCCUCUAAAAGCUCGAUUUGAGCUAUGUUGUAAAAUCAUGAAACACAUUUGUUAAAAACUUCUGCCUCAUAAAAGCUCGAUUUGAGCUAUGUUGUAAAAUUAUGAAAUGUAAUGUUAAAAACUUCUGGUAAUGGCUGCCUCAUAAAAGCUGGAUUUGAGCUAUGUUAUAAAAUUAUGAAAUGUAAUGUUAAAAACUUUUGGUAAUGGCUGCCUUAUAAAAGCUGGAUUUGAGCUAUGUUGUAAAAUUAUGAAAUGUGGAGAUUUGCAAUAUACCAGGGUAGUGUCAUAAUUGUAUUGUCAUGCAAACUGCACUGAUCCAGAUAGACAAUGUAUUAACAACAAAAAGAUUUAUUGGGGUUGUGCUGUCUCCUUCUCUCUAUCUGUUUAUCUGUCUGUAAACAUUUAAUCUGCUCAUCUGUCUGUUAACACGGGAUCUGUAUAAAUGCAAUAUUUCCAGAAUUUACCAACCUAUAGAUUUCUUUUAUCUGUUCAUUUGUCUGUGAAAAUUUGAUCUGUUUUAAUGCAAUAUUUCCAGUAUUUGCCAGCAUUCAGAUUUCAUAAGUAUGCAAUGAUAUAAAAAAAAGACGCCUAUAGAUUUUUAGGUCAAGAAGGUCACUGUCACGACACGAAGUGAUGAUGCAUUAUCCGAGAGAAUAUUGGACAAUGGUCAAUAACUUUGUAUUUUAUUUCAACCCACAUACUUCAUAUUUAAUAUUUAACAAGAUGUUGGUGAGAAGAAUACUAAACAUGAAGUAUUUAAACAUUUUAAAAUGGAAGGUCAAGGUCACAGGGAAACUUGACAGAAAAAGGUUCAAAUUGCAGACCUUUAUCUGACAGAAUAACAUUCGAAUUGCAGACUUUGCUAUAUGACAAAAUAACAGAUUUGUUUGAACUGCAGACUUUUAUGAUACAAGGAUAAGUGAAGGUGAUGGAGAACAGCUGCAUAGUAUUUGAAUUACUAGGUCAAAGUUCAAGGUCAAAAUUGCCCCUAAUGACAUAAGAUCAUAGUGAUACCCUUUACGACUUUUUUAGUUAUGAUAAUUGAACAUGAUUGUUUGAUUUUUUAUUUGCUCUCAAUUUAAUUCUAAUUAGAAGUGUCUUUUUGGGGACUACAUCAAAAUAGUGAUGUCAAAUAAAACUUCAUUCGAAUAGUUGGGGAAGUUUAGUCAUUUAACAUGAAGUCAUGUCAUCAGACAUCAGUUUUAUUUUUAAAUUCAUUAUGUUGACAUUUCAGACCAUCAUGACAUGUAUCAAAAUGACAUACUCAUAUCUUGUGUUCAGCAGUCAUCAGGGGUGGGGGGGGGGCAUGGACAGUGAAGAAAAUGAAGUCACUUAACUGACAUUGAACUUUUAAAGAUGUAGUCCCCUGCACAUUUAAAACAUUAAUGAGGUGAUGUGUUUUCAGAAUGUUUAAGUAUAUGUUUUUAUUUGCAAAUUGGCUUAGUGGGAUUCCACAUGUAUUCUAUGUACAUAUAGAACUGUUCUUAACCUGUCUUUUUUUUGGACUAAGCUAUGAGCUUAGUUGUACAUAAUGUACAUUGUACAUUUAACAACUGAAUACCUGUAUAUAACUUCAUAAUGUACAUAUAAUAGUCAUCAGGUAGUGUUUGAUAUAGCUUAUGCAUGUACAUUGUAUAUAACUACGUGUUUUGCCUUCUGUAUAUUUUUUUUCUCUCCUUCAUUAUAUCCAGACCAAAUGUAUAUAUUUUGAAAAACAUACUUCAAUCCGCAUCUCCUGUAUCAAUGUAUAGUGCUUUGAUAGAAUAAAUGAAUUCAUUUGAA